UAACAAGCGGCAACAGCAAAGUCACAGCCACUCGAUCGCUGACAGACAAGUCGUAUCUAGCUACCCCUAAAAGUCAACUUUUGCAAUCUGCUCCUACGGUACCUCCCAUCAUUCCAAUAGUUACUCCACUCCACUCUACCCUCUUAAUUGAAGCUACUAUACAUAUAUAGAUAGUAUUUUAAUACUAUGAAGAGUGUAUCUCGACAACGCAAAAAGGCAAAAGCGAAGAAACGCAAGCGGUCGUGGCGGGACUUUUAUCAAGACUUGUCGGAAUAUCAAAAGACGCACGGUCACUGUCGAAUUUCGUUGUCGGAAAAUGAAACACUCGCCGGUUGGUUUCAUCGACAACGGCGAAGAUUUCGCGAGAAUGGCUUAUCGGCGGAACGCGUCAAACUCAUGAAUCGAUUGGAUUUGGAUUGGGCGGAAGUGGAUAGUGACGAGGAAGAAGAAGAAGAGGAUGAUGAUGAUGAUGUCAUGAUGGAUAGCAGUAGCAGUGAAGAAGAGGAAGAAUCAGAGCAAGAGGAAGAAGAGAGUGACGAAGAAGAGGAAGAAAAGGAUCCCAAGAAGAUCAAUGGGGAAUCCCCUUCUUCUAUGACUUUUACUCCCUUUGUUCCUGCCAAGAGACCCUCCCUAUGGGCUACCAUGCAAAACCAAACUCAAAGCCAAAACAAGAACAAGAUCAUCAAAUUGGAACAGCCAUCCACCAAUACCAAUACCACUCCCACUCAAAAGGAAUCAGGGACAACCCCAAGUACCCCCACAUCAGUCAAGACGGAAGAUACCCAGGCACAGGAGUCAACCGGUACUUCACCACCUACGGAUGAGGCCACAUUAUCCAAAUCAACAACAACAACAACAACCAAUAAUAGUAAGAAUGACAGUCAUCAUCCACUGAACAAGACAUCACAAGCCAAACAAGAGCCACAAGCGGUACCCAACGGGGCAAAACCAUCGCCGGUCAUGGCACAAAGAAUGACGGCACAUUCCAGUCCUUCCGCCGUUGCCAUUCUCCCCGCACCCAAACGAAUUGUAUCCCAAUCCACUACAGCGUCCACUUCCACCACCACGUCAUCUAGUAGCAAUAAUGAGGAAACAUCCAACCCGCAAAAGAGUAGUAAUGGCAACCACAACAACAACGGCAAAGAUGACGACAAUCACAACCAGAACAACAACAACACACCGAACAGAAUUGUCGUGUCGUCCAACACUAGCGCCCGAGACGUUCUCUACCCACUCGCGAACCAAUUAUGUCAGCUCCUAGCGCAAGAACAGCAACUCCGACGACAUGUACUACUAGAACGCCAACAGCAACCUCCGAACAACAAUGGGACGUCAAUAAUUGGCAACAACAACAACGCCUCUACUACUCAGAUGAUUCAAAUUGUCGAUGGCUAUGAACGGCAAAUCCAAGACAUGAUUCGUCAAGUGGAGGGUCAACCACAACAACAACCACAACAAGGCCAGCAAUCGCAGUCACCAUCGCCACAGGAAGAACCGCCACAACAAAGUGCCGGGGACCACGCACGGGGAACCAAACCAAAAAAAGGUGGGAACACUGUGGUAAUGGGCACAUAACGUUUGUUUUUGUUUUGGAGGGAGGGGGUGUUGGUGGGUGCGCAUACAUACAUACAUCAUACCGUACCGCAUCACCAGAGGUUUUUUGCGGGAUACGGUAGCUGCAGUCAUUCUGGAAAGCAGUGUCUCCUCGAGCGACCAGCUUGGUUGUGAAUAAUAGCAAGUCACAUAAUAUUAUCCGCAAUAAUAGCUAGCUAGCUAGUAGGCACAUUUAUUUCAUGAGCAGAUGCUGUCUUUGAAAUCAUCUCGUAUUCUCUUCCAAUCGAGUUCGCCUGCAUCCCAACGACCAUCUCAUACGUCUAUCUAGUUUCCAAAGCAGGCAUGCAGUUGAAUUCCACCCACGCGAUUCGUAUCUACAACCGUGGUUGUUGCACGGUUCAAUACCCCACUGCGUGUCUGCGUGCUGUUCCCCACAAGAUCGAGUGCUUGCUUCGAGCUUGGCAGCCAGGCACGUCCGACGUCAACAUUAUUUCAUGGAAGGAAAUCCUUGCAAGCGCAGCAGGGAACAUGUGCACCUGCCUCCAACGGACAAAUGCUAACUACCUAGAGGUCCAAGGAAUUCAAACCCUACCGGUAUACGUGUACUAUCGGGAUGAAUCACAGCGUGGAAAGUGCAGCGAAAGCCACUUUCAUCGUGUCGAAAAAAGAGGGUGUAGGGGCCACAAAAUUUAUUAAUCAGCAACCUCAUACUCCACGCAAGAACAAAGUCAAAGUAAGCCAACAAGUCCACCAGCAUGUCCUCCACCAACAAAAGUAGUCAAAUGGAUGGUCAUGGAACAUAAGGAGAUAUGGAUACAACAGAUUCUGCCCUUUGUUGGCAUGGGUCAUUAUGCCUUCGUGGGAGGAGGAGUCAACAAACAACUGAACCAACUGUACAAGGAAUACGGGAAGACUGUGGAGAACCCACCAAACGUGAAGAAUCACAUAUAUUUGAAGAAAGGUCAUAGCUUUUACAUAGUUCGCUCAGCAGCCAUCACAGAUACUUUCCACAGCAACACAUUUCAUACUGUGCCUUCUGCUGAACACUGGCUCAGAGAUGGCUCCAGAAACAAGGCUCCUGCACAUAAUGAUGUCUGCACAGCUAUUGCUAGAGUUGGAAGUAUGCCUGUCCUUCAAUGGGCUAGAGAGAAAGGAUAUGCAUGGGAUGUACGCACUUGCAGAGUUGCAGUUGAAAAGGGUCAGUCUGACAUGUUAAAGUGGUUGCAUGAGAAUGGAUGUCCCUGGGAUUCAUGGACAUGUGCAAAUGCUGCUCUCCGUGGGCAUUUGGAAAUUCUGAAGUGGGCCCGAGAGAAUGGGUGUCCAUGGGAUGCACAGACAUGUGAAAAUGCUGCUCUAUAUGGGCAUUUGGAAAUUCUGCAGUGGGCCCAUGCAAACGGAUGCCCUUGGGAUGAAUU